GAAGGCUGCAAAAUGCACAAUCAACAAUCCAAUAUGUUUUAUGAUAGGCGCAAGGACGUAAUGGACAAAGAGAAGUCUAUAGCAUAUAAAAGAGCAAUAGCAAAUUUCAAGUCUAAGAAUCCGUUCUUUAUAUCUUUUAUGCAUCCUUCCUAUAUCUCCAAAUCGGGCUUUCUGUGCAUAAAGUUGGCAUUUGCUAGGGAAUAUAUCCCGGAAAACUGCAGCAACAUAGUGCUUCGUGUUCCAGGCAGAGGAUCUUGGCCUGUCAAAUACUGUCUGGGAACAGCACAAGCUAAAUUUUGGACUGGCUGGACGGAGUUCGUGCUGGACAAUCAGUUAAAAAUAGGUGAUGUUUGUGUAUUUGAAGUGAUUGAGGGCACUCAGCUCUCUAUAGAUGUCACUAUAUUUCGUGCAGCUGAGAACUGAUGGGAUUGUAAUUAGUUUUCAUUACUGAAAGAUAGUUUAGAACAAAGUUAGUAUUAUGAAGCAAAUCUUGAAGGAAGGCUUCUAAAAUUAGCUCGAUCUGAAAUUAAACGAGU